CAAGGGGGAGAUGAUGGUACCUUGAGGUACCGAGGUAGAUUGUGUGUUCCAGAUGUAGAUGGGCUCAGAGAGAGAAUCAUGGCAGAAGCUCACAAUUCCAGGUAUUCCAUUCACCCAGGUUCCACUAAGAUGUAUCAUGAUCUUAAGGAGAUUUACUGGUGGAACGAUAUGAAGAAGAAUGUGGCAAAUUUUGUAGCCAAGUGCCCGAAUUGUCAACAAGUGAAAACAGAUGGCCAGGCAGAACAUACUAUUCAGACUCUGGAGGACAUGUUGAGAGCAUGCGUCUUGGACUUCAAAGGUAAUUGGGAUGAUCACUUGCCUCUCAUUGAGUUUUCUUAUAAUAACAGUUAUCAUGCUAGUAUUGGGAUGACACCAUUUGAAGCUCUGUAUGGGCGAAGGUGUAGGUCACCAAUUGGUUGGUUCGAAGUUGGUGAAGCAGAGUUGUUAGGGCCAGAUUUGUUUUAUCAAGCUAUGGAUAAAGUCAAGUUAAUACAGGAGCGUUUGAAAACGGCUCAGAGUCGCCAGAAGUCUUAUACAGAUGUGAGGCGAAGGGACUUAGAAUUUUCAGUUGAUGAUUGGGUGUACCUUAAAGUCUCACCUAUGAAAGGUGUCAUGAGAUUUGGCAAGAAAGGGAAGCUCAGUCCUAGAUAUAUAUUGGACCAUACAGAAUUCUACGAAAGGAAGUGUGUAGGAGACCCGUCGUUGGUUGUUCCUGCUGAUACUAUAACAGUUAAGGAUGGUUUGACGUAUGAGGAGAUCCCCGUAGCCAUUCUUGACCGUCAAGUUCGCAAGUUGAGAACUAAGGAAGUAGCCUCAGUGAAAGUCCUGUGGAGGAGUCAGAAAUUUGAGGAAGCUACAUGGAAAGCCGACGAGGAUAUGAAAUACAUGUACCUGCACUUAUUUCAUCCCGCAGAAGAGAUUUAUGAUGAAGUAAUGCAUACUGAGACAUUUCAGGUAAUUGAGAAUCGGACGUUUGAGGAAGUUUCAAAUACGAAUAAUGGAAAGAAAGGCUUUUGGGCUAAAGUAAAGGAGGAAUUCGAGAGUUAG